AUGUCGAUGAUGUACACGCCAACACCUGUCACCGUUACCUUCCCUCGACCAAAAUGUUUCUGCCGCUACACCGCUGUCUCCAUCUACCCAAACCCACCAGGAGAGGAGGAUCCUCUGCUGAAAACCAACUGGGUAUACGAGUGUCACUUCACCCCCAAACAACGGGGCAUGGUCGUACCGGCUGUCUGUGACGACUGCGAGGAAGCACGACAUCGGGCAAACCGCAGGUCAAACGAGCUCAUGGGGUUCGCAGCAGAGUACGACCUACUCCCAUCAUCCUCUCAGGACUCAACAGCAACAACGACGGCAAGCAAUGCCAAGAAAUCUCGCCAGUAUAAGAGACACAUGGCUCCCAUGUACGACAACGUCGAACUCUGGCCUCGACCAUCAUCAUCGCCACCCGACCAUUUCUCAACAACAACAAACAACAAGGACAAUAAGUCACUCAUCGGAGCCAAUAUCGAUCACCCUUCGGCAUUCCACGGCCUGUCUCCACUGGACCACCUCCGCGUGUGUGGCUUUCAUAUGCACGCCUUGGAAUGGCACCAUAUGCAAACUGUGGGUAUCGACAAGAUCCUCCGUCUUGCAGACAAGACGCACUGUCCGGUGUUCAACCAGUCGGUCGUUCGAUGGCUGGGUGAGCAGAUCAGGAAACCCGUAACGUCGACCGGCACCAGCGCCAGGACAACUACAGGGACAAGCAGCACAGGUAUGCAGAGCGAGAGCAAGGACAAUGAUGCAAUGUCGAUUAUCAUGGGGAUGGACAUGAAGUUGUUCCACAAGAUGGGCUGUCUCUGCAAGAAGGAAGCUGCCCUAGUCAGGGCUCCUGUUCUUCCUCCACCAACUCCGUUAUCCUCUUCCCUCGCCAUUUCCAGUCAUCGGGGUGCUGCUACCAAUACGAGUUCGGUGCAGCAGGAGAAGCAGUUUUGGAUUGUUUGCCGAGCACGCGCAGAGGCCAAGUCGUCUUUUGAGAUUGUAGAUCGUGGAGGAAGUGGUGGUGAAAUGGGGAAUAGGAAUUUCCCCGGGUUCUUAGGGGCGACGACUACAUCAGGACCAGGAUCAGGAUCAAGAUCGAGCAGGAGAGGGAGGAAGGUGGUCCCUGCAGGGACUGGGAUGGGAUUACCGGGUCAGCUGUGUUCGUUUGGGGUUCCGUUGGAGAUUGCCAACUUUGGAUACAACCGGGUUCCGAUCCAUGCCAAAGUCGAGACCAACGCCUGGCUCUCACAGUGGCUCUUGCCUCCUACAUCUUUGCCACUUUCCCAUCCUCGCCCCAUUUACAUUUCGACUAGUUCGGAGCAGACGGUCACGGCUGUUAGGGGAUUGCCGGCGACAGGGUCGAGGUCGCAGCAGCCAGUCAUCUCAUCAAAACCAGGACCACUCGUGACUACGCAAUACCUCGAGCGGAAUGAAAGGCUGCGGUCGACUCCAUUUCUCUACAACGAGGACAACCAGAGUCAGAUUCAGGAACGGGAGGCGAGAGACCACAUCAGUGAUGAGCACAGUCGCCAACAAUUUGUUCGUUGGAUAGAAGAAGUUCGACACACCGAGCAGGCACCGGAAAAGUGCGACUUGAAGGGACUAGACGAUGAGCUGCAUGGUGCGCUGGCACAACAUGUCAAAGUACUAAAGUCAAGGAUACCAGUCGAUGAGGAGGGUUGUUCGUUCGAGAUGCAGGAAGACUAUGUAGGCAGUCAGUUCUACAAGAAGGUUGACAUGGACGCUACUCCGACUGUCAGAUUGCAACUGUGCAAGGACUGUAAACAAGGCGGACGCGAGUUUUGCGUUAUCCCACGCCAUCGCCACCACCACAGUCACCACCAUCCACCCCCUUCGCCAUCUCAUUUGAUACAACUGGAUGUCGAAAUGAAUAUUAACAUAGACACUGGAGUUGCUUGUCAAGUUGAGGCUGAGGCGGAGGUUGAUCAGGAGCUUAAGCGAGUUGACAAGGAGCUGGAGGAGGUGAUGACACGACACGCGGAGCAAGUUCAACGGAUUACGGAGGCUCGUUCGUGGUUGAUCCCAUUCUUUUUCGAAUGUGAGUCAUGCGAGUUGCGAGAGCUGGAUGUGGAUAUGCUCCCAUGCAGCCACAUGUUUUUGUGCGGGCAGUGUCUUGACUGCAUCGAGUUUUACGUCGUCCCUCAUGAGGUGUUGUAG